AUGCCUUCGAAGAAGAAGCAGUCGAGGACGCCAUCACGGCUUUCCAAUUCUGAGCCGCCUGCGUCCCCAAGAACUCCGGCGUCUUCAGCAACGGGUCGAGAUACAGAUUCCAUCAACGAAAAGGAACUCCGGCGCAGCAUUGAAGAAGCUUCCGCUGCGUUUCCUUGUCUUCUCGGAAAAUCUGCCAUCAUCGGAAGAGUAGCCGAUGUUGCAUCCGACUCUAUCAGAGGCUCUAAGAUUUGGCUAUCGGAAACUUCGAUGGUCGCUGCUUCCCUCGGCCCUGGUUCCACUGUAUCGGUAUCACUGGCUUGCCCAGAAAGCAGGUUUUCGAACAGCUUCCCGCUAAGCUCGAUAAAGGCUGAAUAUGGAGUUGAAUGCGAAAUUAGCAGCAUUGCUGAUGAACCAGGGAACUAUUUUGUUCUUGCCACAGUUUUCCCUUCUUCAAAGGUUUUGAAGGAUGAUGUUCGUCUUUCAUCAAAUCUCUGCUAUGGGCUUGGUUUCCCUGUUUCAGGCAGGACUGUUUUUGUUUAUCCUGUUACCGGACCUUCUUUAAGUGAUGAGUUCAACGGUAAUGGCGGAUCGCACGAAAAUGAUGUCAACAAGCUUUCUCUGCUUCCCUGCAAAGAGUUGUCCUUGGAGUUGACUCCCUUUAAGAAUAUGUUAGAAGCCAAAAGCGGUUUUCUUUCUGUAGAGAAGCUUGCUCUUGAAAGUCCUCACGAGCAUAACGGAAAUGGUAAUUCAACUCCUAAGACACCAUCAAACUCGCAAAAGCUUAGCUCUCCUCGCCACACUUCUCCGGCUUCAUCAGUCAAAGAAGACUCUGUUUUCAGUGCCAAACAGAGAUUCUCAUCUGAAAGUUCGAUUGAUCUGCGAGAGGUCUUGAGCAAUGAAACUUCGAAGAAGCUUUUGCAGACUUGUGCAACUUCGUGGCUAUCUCCUUGUAGCCUGCUGUAUGGGAAUUUUGUUGCUGUACCGAUUCUCUCGGAAACCUGUAUUUUCUGCGUCAAAAGGGCUAAUAAAAGGCAAUCUGAUACCUCCAGUAGAAGUUGUGCUUUUAUGAUAAACCGGGAAACUAAAGUAUACCUCCAUCAUACAGUGGGCUUAGCAUCUGAAAUUCGGGAGAAAACAUCUGCGCAAGGUCUGCAGUUUGAUGAUGACGAUGAAGAAGAAAACAUGGGAUGUGAAAUUUCAAAGCUAGGUGGUCUCUCUAAAGAAUAUGCUAUUUUAAGGGACAUAAUUGUUUCCUCGUCCACGAAGAACUCCUUAUCAAGUCUUGGUUUGCGACCUACGAAAGGAGUCCUUAUUCACGGACCUCCAGGCACAGGAAAGACAUCUUUGGCUCGGUCUUUUGCCCGUGAUUCUGGUGUCAACUUUUUCUCCGUGAAUGGACCUGAGAUUAUAAGCCAGUAUUUGGGAGAAAGCGAGAAAGCUCUAGAUGAAGUUUUCAGAUCUGCUAGCAAUGCUGCACCUGCUGUGGUAUUCAUUGAUGACUUGGAUGCCAUUGCUCCUGCACGGAAAGAAGGUGGGGAAGAAUUGUCUCAGAGAAUGGUAGCUACGUUACUGAAUUUAAUGGAUGGCAUAAGUAGGAGUGAUGGCGUUGUUGUCAUUGCUGCAACCAAUAGGCCUGAUUCCAUUGAGCCCGCCCUUAGACGACCAGGAAGACUUGACAGGGAAAUUGAAAUUGGUGUUCCAUCUUCUGCACAACGGUUGGAUAUACUUCGGACGAUUCUCAGUGGGAUGCGGCAUUCACUUUCAGACACCCAGCUUGAACAGCUUUCUAUGGCAACCCAUGGUUUUGUAGGUGCAGAUCUAUCUACGUUGUGUUGUGAGGCAGCCUUUGUCUGUUUAAGGCAGCAUCUUGAUCAGAGAAGCUCCUCUAGCAAUUUGCCUAUUGCUGCUUCUGAGUGUAGAGGUUCUGAGUCGUCGACAAAUAUGACAGACGUAUCAUCUGAUAGUUCGGAUUCUGCAUCGUCAUGUAUCACUUCACCCACGACUUCAGGGGCUCAGCGUUCAUUUGCUGUGAAUGGGACAAAUGAUAUUCAAAACAGUGGCAACUCUUGUUCUGAAACCAAAGAAGGAGAAGACACCUUAAGUGUAGGAUUUGAAGAUUUUGAAAAAGCUAAGAUCAAAAUCAGGCCUAGUGCCAUGCGUGAGGUAAUAUUAGAGGUUCCUAAAGUUAACUGGGAAGAUGUUGGUGGCCAAAAGGAAGUGAAGAAUCAGCUAAUGGAAGCAGUAGAAUGGCCUCAAAAAUAUCAAGACGCAUUCAAGAGGAUAGGCACAAGGCCACCAAGUGGGAUACUGAUGUUCGGUCCUCCUGGAUGCAGCAAGACCCUUAUGGCACGUGCAGUAGCUUCUGAAGCCGGGCUAAAUUUUCUUGCAGUCAAAGGUCCAGAGCUAUUCAGCAAAUGGGUUGGUGAAUCCGAGAAGGCUGUGAGGUCCCUUUUUGCAAAGGCGAGAGCAAAUGCUCCCUCGAUUAUCUUUUUCGAUGAGAUAGAUAGUCUUGCCUCCAUUAGAGGGAAAGAAAAUGAUGGGGUUUCAGUUUCAGACAGAGUUAUGAGCCAGCUUCUUGUGGAGCUCGAUGGUUUGCAUCAAAGAGUUGGUGUUACCGUUAUUGCUGCCACAAAUCGGCCUGACAAGAUCGAUUCUGCCCUUCUAAGACCUGGACGCUUUGACCGAUUGCUAUAUGUGGGACCUCCUAAUGAAGCUGAUCGUGAAGCAAUACUCAGAAUCCAUUUGCGUAAAAUCCCGUGCAGCUCUGAUAUAUGUCUUAAAGAGCUUGCUUCUGCUACCAAAGGCUGCACUGGAGCUGACAUAUCAUUGAUAUGCAGAGAAGCAGCUAUGGCCGCACUCGAGGAGAGUCUUGAAGCAGAGGAAAUAAGCAUGCGCCAUUUAAAAGCCGCGAUUAACCAAGUAGAACCAACGGAGAUUCAAUCUUACAAAGCGUUGUCGGAAAAGUUUCAAAGGCUUGUCCACACUGAUCCACAACGAGACGAGGAGGUUACACAUCCAGUAAGCAGAAGCCAAAGACCGUCUUUUCCUCUAUGGACGCCAUUGAAAUCAGUUGUGAUGUUCCUCCGCCGCCAAAUUGGUUCAUAG